AAGGUAAAACGGGUAAUAACGAUAUUUAAGAAUCUGUAGUAUUUAAAGUUGUCAUUUUUAAGCCGUUACUUCAAAAUUUAAAUCUCCCUUUCUCUCCCACUCCAAACCCACAAAGAAAAGGUAAAGCCCACCUCUUCCCUCUCCGUUCCUGAAAUAGAUGAUUAACUCGCUCCGGACCACUGCAUCUAACCCUCUCACUCUCCUGGAAUCAACCUCUACCCUCAAAGAACUGCACCAAAUACAUGCUCAGCUUAUUGUCAGCGGCCACCUCCGCCACCCUCGUCUCCUCGCGAAAUUCGUCUCUCUGCUCGCCCUCUCUCAGAACACUCCUCACCAUCUCCCAUAUUCCCGCAAAAUCCUCAACCACUCUCCUUCUUCACCCACCACCUUUGCCCUCAAUAACUUAAUCCGUGCCCACUCCAAACCCCCCUUCAACCCUCUCCAAGCCUUCAACUUUUACAGCCAAAUCCUUCACUCCCCUUCCCUCUCUCCCGACAACUUCACCUUCACAUUUUUAGUCCGCGCCUCCGCCCAUCUCACCUCUGCCGCCAUUGGCGCAGCAUCGCAUGCUGCUGCGCUCAAGCGCGGCCACGCUGACGACCCCCACGUUCAGAGUAGCCUCAUCCACAUGUACUCCAGCUUCCGUUCCAGUACUGCAUGUCACCGCCUAUUUGAAGGAAUCCAGGACCCUGAUGUUGUCAUGCAAACUGCUAUGAUCGGUGCCUAUGCGGCCUCUGGCGACAUUGAUGUUGCUCGUAAAGUGUUCGGCGAAAUGCCUCACAGAGAUGCUAUCGCCUGGAAUGCAAUGAUCGCAGGGUACUCACAUGUAGGUCGUUGUAGAGAGGCGUUGGAGUUGUUUUCGGCAAUGCAGGGAGAGAGUGUGAGUGUGAGUGAGGCCACCAUGGUUUCAGUCCUCACUGCUUGUGCCCAGCUGGGAGCGUUGGAUCAGGGGAGAUGGGCGCAUGCUUACAUUCAGAAGAAGAGGAUUCAAUUGACUGUAACACUUGGAACUUCGCUUAUAGAUAUGUAUUCCAAAUGCGGCAGUGUGGAUAGAGCUAUGGAAGUGUUUAAGGCGAUGCCAGAGAAGAAUGUGUACACUUGGAGUAGCGCAAUGAGUGGUCUUGCCAUGAAUGGAGCAGGCAAGCAGUGCAUUGAGGUUUUUGAGCUCAUGGAGAAAGAAGAGUUAGAGCCCAAUGAAAUCACAUUUGUUUCAGUUCUCCGUGGGUGCAGCAUUGUGGGUUUGGUUGAUAGAGGGCUUGAGUAUUUUGAUUUGAUGAAGAGUAAAUAUGGAAUUGAGCCUUGGCCUGAGCAUUAUGGCUGCAUGGUGGACUUGUAUGGCAGAGCUGGGAGACUGGAAGAGGCUCUGCAGUUCAUUAAAUCCAUGCCUUCUAAACCUCAUUCUGGAGCUUGGGGAGCACUGCUUAAUGCAUGCAAAAUCUAUAGAAACAUUGAGUUGGGAGAACUUGCACUGAGCAAAAUCUUGGAGAUUGAAACAAUGAAUGAUGGAGCUUAUGUACUUUUAUCGAACAUAUAUGCCGACUUCGGGAAUUGGAAGGGAGUCUGCAGCGUGAGGGAGUUGAUGAAGGCUAAGGGAGUGAGGAAAGAACCUGGUUGCAGUGUGAUUGAGGUUUCUGGCUUAGUUCAUGAGUUCUUUGUUGGGGAUAAAUCUCAUCCAAUGUAUCAGGAAAUUGAGGUCAUGCUGGGAGAGAUUAAUUGGAAGCUGAAACUUGCUGGAUAUGCAGCUAAGACUAAUGAAGUGCUAUUUGAUAUUGAGGAAGAGGAGAAAGAGAAUGCUCUUAUUUGGCAUAGUGAGAAACUGGCAAUUGCUUAUGGGCUUAUUGCCCUCAAGGAAGGGGUUACCGUUAGGAUCGUGAAAAACCUUAGGGUCUGUUGGGAUUGCCAUGAUUGGACCAAGUUUAUAUCGAAAGUGUUUGGAAGAGAGAUUAUUGUGAGGGAUAGGAAUAGAUUUCACCACUUCAAAGAUGGAGUGUGUUCUUGCAAGGAUUAUUGGUGAUUGAGCUGAAAUUGAUCUACUUUGGAAUUC